AUGAGCAGAGCGAUACAGAUCUGUCUAGAGAAUGAAUUGAGGGUUGUGCAAACACCUCCAGCGAACCUCAAAGGUCAGCUGGUACGUCAUCGUGCGAAUGAUCGACUCUGCACAACUCCCAGCUGCGUAGUCUGCCCGUAUGGCAGAGAGGAUCCUGAAGAUCUCCUCUCCACAUACAAGGAUAACCUAAAAAGAUACCCAAUGAUGUCUGAUGCUUCCAUUGUGGGUACAAUACUACGAAUAAACACAAUCGCCUACGUAAUCACCAUUGUAAUCGGUGUUAUUGGGAAUCUAUGGGUUGUAUGGAAGGUCGGUGUAGUGCUUCUGUUCGGUCGCACCUCCUCAGUACCUCGACAAAUCCUCUACUGUAUUUUUGUGAUUUGCUGUGCUGACCUUUUAGCUUUGUGUGAUCUCUCCUUGCUUGUACAUUUUCAAAUUUCCGAAGAAUGGGUAUUCGGUAAUGCUACUUGUAAACUAUUCUGUUGUGUCGAGGUAUUAAACAAAUUUCUUAUUCCUGUAGCUCUUGUUCAUAUCAGCCGAGCUUCUUACAGGUCUGUGUGCGUUAAACAAGAGGUGAAGAAAAAAAAUAGUCACUUAUGGUUAAUAGUGACGAACGUGUUAGCAGCCGUCACUGUACUUACGCUCAUGAUAUUUGUUGCCUAUUUCUCCAACACGAACUCUUUUCCUAUUCGGCGGAAACGAAUGAUAAUUUGUAACUUUAGUCCGCCUCCUUAUUGGGAAACCGUCUUCAACCUGAUCGCCUUCUUUGUCGGCUAUAUUAUGACCAGCGUCGCUUAUGUCUAUUUCUAUGCCAACGUUCCUAUCCUUCUGAAGCGACGCUACUCGGCAAACAUACGUUCUGGACAACGUAUCAAUAGCCAAUCUAUUUUACGUAUUCGAAGGACGGUGACUGCGUUUGUGGUGGUCUACCUUCUUUGCUGGACACCUUACUGGAUUCUGUUUUGGUUUCUAUCCGCAGUGAAUGUGUUGCACAGGUGGAUGGUCGUUGUAUCUGCAUUUACGCAUCUUCUUCCCUACAUUGCUUGCACCGCCUAUCCAGUAAUUCUCACUGCUAUGAACAAGGAGAUUCGUAGUGCUCAUUCUCUCAUUAUUGACAGCAAAAAACGCCAGUUUACCACAAUACGACAAGGAGCGUUGCAGGCAAUGAUUGCACAAACUGGGAUGAUCCAGGCGUGGAUGAGGAUUGGCAUGAUGAACAAAGAGAAUACUAUAGUGCAAAUUCCUGAAGUCUCCUCAGAAGAUGGAGAUGUCAUACAGCUGUAG